AUGUCUUCCUUCAGAAAUUUCGCUUGGAGUACUAUGAUACUGCUUGCCUUUGGCGUCCAGUCCAACUUGGCUUCUCCAACAUCGUCCCCUAAUAUAACGGUCAUGGUCCGUGACGAGAACUUCGCCUACCAUGAAUCUGAAGAGAUGGCCAACGUCGUCCUUUCUCGCAACGCUGAGUCUUCUCUUGUCAAGCGCAGUCACGCAACUGUGCAGGCUUGCAGGACCUCGUCCUGUACCGAUUGUACUACCGUCUUUGAUGGCAGUUUUGUCUCACCUAGCGCUUGCAUUCCCGCCGAGAACACCGCUUGCUUGAUUGUUUCCAACCUUGAAGAUGCGACUAUUUGGAACUGGAACCAUGCUGGCUGUAAUGGUCAUAACACCGACCACAGGGGAUGCCCCACUGGAGAGAACACCUUUGGUGCUGCAGGGACUAACUCCAUCGGCGUGCACCCUGGCUGCUAG